AACUUUUCCCGGUUUUACUUCCAAUAUUCCGUGUUGACCACUGCACUUUUACACGACGUGUUGUUAAAACGACACCGAGAAAUGUGGCGGUAAAUUCCAAUAUUUCGGUAUGCUUUAGAUGAAAUAGAUUACAUGAACAUGAUGAAGGUGCUCCUGCAGUUGUAAAUAUUCACUGGAGUGGUUGUAUAGAUGUUAAAGUAGACAACAAAGACAAUUGAACAGACAAAAUGGAAAACAUGGAUGACGAUAUCUUUGAAGACCUUGAAAAAUUGUUUGAAGAAUGCGAUGAUGUUACGAAAAGUUUCAAUGAAUCAGCUGUGACAGAUUGCACGGUAGUUCAUAAAGCCGAGAAUGAUGACUCUCAGAGUGAUCAGGUCAGCAAGUCAGAAAUUGCACAGUCAGAUGCAAGCGAACAUUCUGUGAAACGCAGCUGGAAGAUAAUUAAGAAAGAUGAUGGAAUUAAAUCUGGAAAGUCUAGCAGUACAGAAAGGAAGUGUACUGAUGCUUCUGUAUAUGGAAAUUCUCUUCAUAAUAAAAAGGAGAAUGUAGGGAAGAUUAAACCUUUUAGGAACAAUUCUUCUUCUUUUGCUGAGUCGUCAAUGGAAGAGGGAGAAUGUUCUGCAACAUUACUUGAAGACUGCACUGUCACUGAACAGCUUGAUAACACUAAAACUGAUGAAGAAAGAAAUGGUCAAAUUCAUCAGGAAAGAAACAAAAAGGGCAAAGUCAAACCAGAGGUCAAUUAUUCUUCUUUUAUUGAGUCUUCGAGAGAAGAGGGAGAAUGUUCUACAACAAGUUUUGAAGAGGAAGAAUUGGAAACCACAGUAAAGGAAGUUUCUCCUGAACAGACAAAUGAAGACACCAUUGUUACUGAAACAAAUAAGGAAAAUAAGCAGUUACUCUUAUUUAAGCAGGAAAAGGAAGGCUUUGAUAACCACAAUAAUUUAAAGAAAAGAAAGAGAUCAAUUUCAGAAAGAAACGAGAACACUCCUAAAAGAUGUCCUGAACAGACAAAUGAAGACACUGUUAUUACUGAAACUGAUAAGGAAAAAAAGCAAUUACUCUUAUUUAAGCAAGAAAAGGAAGGCUUUAAUAACCACAAUAAUUUGAAGAAAAGAAAGAGAUCAAUUUUAGAAACAAACGAGAACACACCGAAAAGACGUCACAUUUUUAUAAGUGAUGAUGUAUUGUCCCCAAUUAGCUGCUUAAGUGGAGACAAGCGAAGAAAUACAAUUGAGAUGGCUGAAACACCACUGAUUGAGUUGAAAUUUAAUUUUCAAACAAACGAUAUUUGCAGUAGUACACCAGUCACAACAUCCCAAACAUUCUCAUUUCCAUCAGGUGGGAACUGCAGCACACCAAUUUCUGCAACAAAUACAUUCAAACAAAGUAAUCUAGCCAAAAAGGAGAUUUUGAAAUCUAAAGAGUUGCCAGAUUCUGACUCUGACUUUGAAGCCUUUAGUGAUGUUGAAGAGGUAGCUGGUAAACAUCAGACUGUAGAUGAACUUAUUGCCGAAAUUACUCAGUUGUGUGGAGAUAUCGAUGAAGCUGCAGAAGGUGAAAGUAGUGAUAAUGAUGAAGUCAGAGAGAAAUCAGAUAAGACUGUUAGUAAAAUUGAAGUUAGUGACCUCAUAAAUGAAUGGAAGACAAGAAGUUCAUGUGAAAGUGCUUCUGAAACAGAAGCAAGUAGUUAUAGUGAUAUAACUCGUUACAAACUAGUAAAUGAAUGGAAGACAAGAAGUUCAUGUGAAAGUACUUCUGAAACAGAAGCAAGUAGUUGUAGUGAUAUAACUCGUUACAAACUAGUAAAUGAAUGGAAGACGAGAAGUUCAUGUGAAAGGUCUUAUGAUACGGAUGUAGGUAGUGAUGGUGAUAAAACUCUUACAGAAAAUGUUGAAGCAUGCAGUCAGAAUGAAGGAACUGAGACAGGAGAUAGUGAUAUAGAAAACCUAACUGUUUUAUCAGCAGUAGGCAGCUUCAAAAUGAGUGAAAAAGAAAAUAAAAAUGAUGAAAAUUUAACUGAAGAUAAGGGUGGUAGAUUUACUGCAGAGGUGACAGUUUCUAGAAUUGAAGUAGACAAAAUCAAUGAAACAAAUAGAGAAGUUAUUGAUAUGGACAUAAGUGAUAUCGAUGGUCAAGAUUUGCAGUAUGGGGAAGAUUUAUUAAACCUAGAUGAUUAUGAUGAUGAAGGUUUCGUAGAUGCAAAUGUUUUAGAAAAGUCACACAUCACUAAAGAAUUAAAUCUUACCAUGAAGGUCAAAGAUGCCACUGAAAACAAUAAUAAUGUUACAGAUAAAGGACAGGAAAUUGGAGAAUAUAAAGAUUCACUGUUUGAACUAGUAAGUGGUCUCAGGAAAGAGGCAGGGGACAAAACUAAAAGUGUUGAGAAAGCUAAGAAGGAUAUAAAUGAAAAUGUUGUGAAAGGGUUAGAUUAUGCUACCUUUGAUACAUCCAUAUACAGAAAGAAUGAGAACACAGCAAUCGAAAGAGAAAUAUGCAGGCGAUGGGGAACAAAUGGGUCUGCAGACCCAGAUUUGAACUUAACCGUAGCCUCAACAAAACGUAACAGAUGUAAUGAAACUGGGGAAGAGCCAGAAUCUGGAUUCCUCGAAGGCGAUAGAGUUGUUUGCACAUAUCUCUACGAGGAAGAGAUUGUUUCAUCAUUUCAACAUUACGGAAAAACUGAAGGUCAAAGUGAUCUUUGUUAUAUGACUUUGGAAAAUUUAUUGAGAAAAUUACACAAUCAGAAAAAUAUCCUUGAAAACAUGAAUAAACAGUCACUGUUGAACAUAAAAGGUGAAUUGCAGUGGCAGCUAAGUGGAACGAAGCAACGGCAUCGUGAGGAGAUGGAGGCUUUGAAGUACAGACAAGCUAUGGAAGAUGAGCGCUUUAGGUUUAACUCGAGGAAUCAGUUUAAUGUCAUGGAAUUUCAGCACAGACUUAUGCAGCUGCGACAGGAUCAUAUUUCCCAACAAGGUAGAUUGAAAGAACAUCAUCAGAAUGAAUUCUGUGCCGUUCGUUCACGUGGAAUGGAGACAUUACAUGAGGAAAUAGGUCGUCAUUCUGCACAGUGUGAACCUAUAGAUCAACUUAUAGAGCAGUUGGAAAAACCAGAGUCUCACUCCAAAUAUUCACCGCAAAAAUAUGGGCCUCCGAUUGUUGUCAGUCUCAGAAAAGGGCCAUGCAAGGCAACUCACGGGCGGCAUUCGACUGUACCAGUUUGUUUAUCUGCAGCAAUAGCACAAGCGGUGUCACUGGAAGAUGAUUUGUAUGAUCAUUAUUAUGGGUACUAGACUAGUUGUCAAAUAAGCCAGAUAUAAAGAAGAUUUUUUACUCACAGCAUCAUUUAAAAGAAGUUGUGUCAAAGUCUCAAAGAUGGUAACAGUUGUGUUAAAGAGGCUUUAAAUUAAUUUCCUGUUAUACCAUUGUUAUCUCAACAGAGCACAACAUGCUCAAGUUGAGGUGUUGUGAUCAUUCACCAUCUGUUUUUUUAGUCUAGAUUUUCAAUAGCAUCGCAGAAACUAUAAGAAAUUGAUGACACCGCUGGUCCAAUUUUGAAAUAAUUUUACCCAAGUUGUCCUUAUUUAACCUUCUACCAAGAUUAUCUAAAUUAUUCCGAUUUGUUGAAACAUGGCUGCCAGGGGGCACAGUCACUUUUCCCUAUUUGUAUAUAGUUGAAACUUUUAAAAUCAAACAUGGAAGACAGGGGGCGUGGACACUUUUUCCCUAAAUGUAUAUAGAAAGUAGAAACCUAUAAAUCUUCUAAUGCGGAACUGCUGGCACGAUUUUAAAAUGAUUUACACAAAUCUUUUUUAGCUCACCUGUCACAUAGUGACAAAGUGAGCUUUUGUGAUCACCCUUUGUCCGUCGUCAGUCCGUCCGUGUGUGCAUCAACAAUUUCUUGUCUGCACGAUAGUGGUUUCAUUUAUGAUUUUAUUUUAACCAAACUUGCACACAACUUGUAUCACCAUAAGAUCUCAGUUCCUUUCUUGAACUGGCCAGAUCCCAUUAUGGGUUCCAGAGUUAUGGCCCCUGAAAGGGUCAAAAUUAGCUAUUUUGAACUUGUCUGCACAAUAGCAGCUUUAUUUAGGAUUUGAUUUUUACCAAACUGGCACACAACUUGUAUCACCAUAAGGUCUUGGUUCCUUUCUUGAACUGGCCAGAUUCCCUUAUGGGUUCAAGAGUUAUGGCCCCUGAAAGGGCCAGAAUUAGCUAUUUUGACCUUGUCUGCACAAUAGCAGCUUCAUUUAUGAUUUGAUUUUAACCAAACUUGCACACAACUUGUAUCACCAUAAGAUCUUGAUUCCUUUCUUGAACUGGCGAGAUUCCAUUAUGGGUUCCAGAGUUAUGGCCCCUGAAAGGGACAGAAUUAGCCAUUUUGACCUUGUCUGCACAAUAGCAGCUUCAUUUAUGAUUUGAAUUUAAUCAAACUUGCACACAACUUGUAUCACCAUAAGAUUUUGAUUCCUUAGUUGAACCGGCCAGAUCCCCUUAUGGGUUCCAGAGUUUUGGGCCAAAAUUAGCUAUUUUGACCUUGUCUGCACAAUAGCAGCUUCAUUUAUGAUUCGAUUUUAACCAAACUUGCACACAACUUGUAUCACCACAAGAUCUUGGUUCCUUUCUUGAACUGGCCAGAUUUCUUCAUGGGUUCCAGAGUUAUGGCCCCUUGAAGUUCCAAAAUGGCUAUUUUGGCUUUUGCAGCCAUAUAGAGACUUCAUUUAUGGUUUUAUUUGAUACAAACUUCCAAAAUAACUUCAACAACAAUAAUUCUUGGAUUCCAUGACAAAUCAGAUCCAAGCGUAGGUUCAGAGUUAUUUUAUAUUUGAUUACCUCCCCUGAUUGUAAUCAAAAUGGAUUUAUAUCAGUAAGUACUUAAAGGACUUAUUUGAAAUUUUGUUAUUGUCAUUAGUUGGACUGAGCCAAUCAGGGUAGAUAACUAUGGACUGAUUUUAUGUCAAAUUACCUCCCUUUAUUUCAAAUUAGUAUUGGUAUAUCUCCGUAACUAAUGAAGAUACUGAUCUGAAAUUUCAUUUAUGUCAACAGAUUUAUUUGGCAGAUCCUUCUUCUGUUCACUUGCAAUAACUUUUUUUUAAAUUACUUCCCUUUUACAUUACUAUAAAUAGCUUACUUUUAGUAACUUUUUUAUUAUUGGCCAUAGGGAAAAACUGAGACCACUUUUCUGUGGUACAACAUGGAUGGUACCUCCAAUUUUUAGGUGUAUUUUGACAUAUCUGUACCUUGUAAGAAUUGUUUUUUUCUUUUUGGUUAAAUUUCUUCCUCUUGUUGUUACUGUCCUUUGGACUUAGAUAUUUUUUCUGAGGACCUCCUUGUCCUCAAGUGCAGUGAUAACAGGUGAGCGAUAUAGGGCCAUCAUGGCCCUCUUGUUUUUUUUGUGACCAUCUACUUAGAUUCUGAUUUGUCAAAAACAACAGCUGUCAGAAGUUGUGGUCACUUUUCGUAUUUGUUUGAACAACAUUUCCAAAACCACUGAAUCGAUUUUGAAGAAACUUGAUACAAAUGAUCUCUGGUUGGCCCUUUUUCAAAGUUGUUCCAGUUCAUUGAACAUAUGGGUCACUAUGGUUAAAAACAGUUUUCAGCUAUAAAACAUUAAAACUCUUCUUCUCUAAAGCAAUAAUAGCAAGAGCCUUGAUAGUUGGCAUGUGAUAUCAGGGGUUUGACUACCAUAAUUGUUCAAAUUAUUGCCCUAGGGUAAAAAAUGGCCACACCCCUGGGUUUAACGUGUAUAUUCUAUAUUCUUAUAUAUAAGAAACUUUGAAAAGUUUCUCUGAAGCCAUAAUAGCUAGAGCUUUGAUAAUUAUGCGAUACUAGUGUUUGACUCUCUACCACGAUUGUUCAAAUUAUUACCCUAAGGUAAAAACGGCCAUGCCCUUGUGUGUGCUUGUACUUGCUAUAGGUUGAUACAUGUAUAUAAGAAUCUUUGAAAAUCUUCUCUGAAUGAAAAUCUAGAGCCUUGAUACUAGGUGUGUGAUAUCAGGGUUUGACUGUUUGCUGUAAUUAUUCAAAUUAUUGCCCUAGAUUAAAAAAGACUGUGCCCAUUUGUGUGACAUGUAUGUAAUAUAGGUUAAUAUAAAAAAACUUAGAAUAUCAUCUUCUGAGUCCAUAGUUUCUACAGCCUUGAUAUUUAUAUAAACCCAACUCUGCUUGUACUUAAAAAUUAUACAGGCAUGAAGUCUUUUGCUCAGGUGAGCACUUAAGGGUCAAUGAACCUUAAGUUUUCAAAAAAAAAUUGGCUGCCAGAGGAUGUGGCCACUUGUCUUUGUUUAUACUGAAACUGGAAAUACCCGAAACUUGUGGCCAAGUUUAAAAAGAACUUUAAACAAUAUUUGCUGUGAUGACCAUUUACAGCAGCCAUAACUAAGAAUAGAAAACUUUGAACAAUAUUGCUGCAUUGCUUUUAAAAUAAUUUCACGGUUAUGUUCCUUUGGUGAUCUUCUACCAAGAUUGUUCAAAUUAUUCAAAUUUAUCAUAAGACAUGGCUGCCUGAUGGUAUUUUCCCUAUAAGUAUAUAGUGGAAACUUUGAAGAUCUUCUUGUCAGAAACAGUGGGUCCAGUCUUAAUAUCAUUUCACAAAUGAUCCUAAUGUGACAAUAUCCCAAGUUUAUUCAAACUAUUCUUUUUUAUCAACACAAAUUUAGUCACCAAAGGUAUAGUCACUUUUCUAUACAUUAUUUUGAUUCCUCAAAAAAUGAGCCCACAGCUUAGAACAUUAGGGAGAGCACAGAUCUAAGGGUAAUGGAGUUGUGUGUUGGAGGCCCAGGAAUGCAUGUGUUCUCUGUGAUGAUUUGAUAAAAGACAUUGUGUCUUAAGUUCUUUUUCCUCCUCCAGGUCCUCUGGUUUAUGUGGAGAAAUUGGUGGUUACAAAGGUACUUCUGGAAAACAUGGAAGUACUGGUACAAAAUCCAGGAACACUGGUUUGGUUAACUGCCUGUUGUUGCAUAACUGAGAUACUGUUGAAAUAUGGUGCUAAACCCCAAAUAGACAAACAAACAAACAAACAAAUAUAAACAAUAUGGGCACCAGACAUAGUCACCUACAUGUAUGUAGUUGAAACAUGGAAACUGCUGGCCUGAAUUCGAAGUCAUUUCACAUGACUGAUCCUUGGGUGACCUCUCACCAAUAAUAUUUAAGUAAAAAAAAGAAGAUAACAUUCAGUAGGUGUUGUCACAUUUUCCUAUAUGUAGUGGAAACUUCAAAAAUCACGUAAGACACUGCUGCCUGACUUAAUUUUAGAAUAAUUUUACACAAAUAAUCAUUCGGUGACACUUCAUUAAAGAUGCUCAAAAUAUUCUGAUUGGUCAGAAAACAUGCCCUGUUUAAAAUUUUGGGAAUAAUUUGGUGGGGGUGGGGGUGGGGGGGAUCACAGUGACCUUGAGAUUGAAAAUGAUUUCAGAUCAUUUACUGUAGAGAUCUUGGGCCCUGUUUGACUUCAUAAGAAGAUUGCCAGUGGUCAGAAGUUGAACAAUAUUUUCUAAGUUCAAAGAUCAAGGUCAGAGUGACCCUGAGUCUGAAAAUGGUUUCUAGAGUGCUUAGACCAACAGCUUAUAAACUGGUCAAUGUUCAAGGUCACAGUAACAUAUAAGACUGAAUAAUUAUAUAUUUUAAAAAUCAUUAUGCCAAAGGUCAAUUUGACAAAGUUCAUAGUUGUUUUAGGUAUGAAAAUGGUUUAAGAUUGAAAAUAAAAUCUGGAGAGAUCUUUGACCUACAGCAGUAGCGGUUGACCUCGUCUAAAUGAAAUACUGUGGUCAGGAGAUGGCCCGACUUUGUUUUUGGUGUCAACAGCUCAAUUGAAGAUCACGGCUUACUUAAUACUAAGAAUUACACACCUGUGGAAAGGGAAAUUGAUGUAGAUUUGAUUAACCCUGUGUUAUGUAAAUGAACUUUUAAAGGUCUUAGAAGUGUUACAGUGUGUAAAAUUUGGACAAAAUCAAAUAAAAAUAUUGUGAAUUAACAUUAA